GUGAUUUUGGUCUAGAGUCAGUUACUCAGCACUAGUAGAGAAUAAACUUAUAAAGUAUCGAGAACGGAUAUCAUUGCUGUUUACUUGCCUAGGGAAAGUAGGGGCAUUACUUGGACAUGGAUCCGACCAGGACCAGUGUCCAAAGACCAUGUGACCUGUGUAAGACCGGCGAGGCACUGAUGGGCUGUGAUACAUGUCUUGUCAACCUGUGUAAGGCCUGUGUGGGAGAACACAUGAUGUCUGGCAUAUCUAAACAACACAAAAUUGUGAGAUUCGCUGUGAGAAAAUCUCCGCUCUAUCCCUUUUGUGCAUCUCAUAUCAAAAAAAGAUAUGAAAUGUACUGUAAUGAAUGUGAUGACCCCGCCUGUAAUGCCUGCCUCAGGACUGAUCAACAUCUAGGUCAUGAAUUUUUACAAAUCUCACAUGUUCUCGACGAAAAAAAGAAAAAGAUUAUCAAAGAACAAACUGAAUUGAAAGAAACAAUUUACCCCAAGUACCAGAACAUUGCCUCUGAUGUACAGAACAAAAUGAGUCAGUUGGAAAAGGACCACGCAGAUCUUUCAACAGCCAUAACAAAACAUGGAGAGGACUGGCACAGAAAUAUUGAAAAGAUUGUCAAGAAACUGAAAAAUCAAGUUGACGAGAUAAAAAACAAACAGCGGCAAACUCUACAAAAUCAUAUGGAUGAAAUUAGCAAGACAAUAUCCGAAAUCAAGGAUGAAAUCAGUUCCAUGGAAAGAUUGAUCAAUUACAUGGACAUCACAAAGCUUAUUAAUGUCACAACUGAUAUAGAAGGAUAUAAAAAUCCUCUUCAAGUAGCUGAGCCAUCUUUACCAAAAUUGGCAUUGGGAAAAAUCAAAGAAGAAGAAUUCAACAAAAUGUUUGGAGGUUUAUCAUCAUGUUUAUCAGAAGAAGAUGGACUUGAUUGCAGUGUGAAGGCAGAAGAGAGAUCACCGGAAGAUGAUGCCUCCCUUCCAUUGAAACAAUUUCUUGAGGAACCGGAGAUUAUGUCCACUUUAGAGACGGAUUAUCACUUACUUUACAACGUGGCCUGCCUGAGUGAUGACGAAAUCUGGACAACUGGACAAGACAAAACCAUGAAACUCUACAGCAUAAGUCAGAGAUCACUACUCAAGUCAAUCGCAACUAAGUCCGAGUGCAGACCUUCUGACAUAACAGUGACAAAAAAUGGAGAUUUAAUUUAUGUCGAUACCAUGGAUGGCACUGUAAACAUUGUGAAGAAUGAGAAGAUACGAAAGUUGGUGAAACAAAAGAACUGGCGACCUGACGGUGCCUGCAGUACCUCCUCUGGUGACAUUUUAGUUAUCAUGAAUAACAAUGAUAACGAACGGACACAAGUUUUACGUUAUCAAGGUUCCACGAUGAAACAAAGCAUUGAAUUUGAUGAUGAAGGUAAAUCUCUUUAUUCCUCUGGUCCUGCAAAGAGAUUAAUAACAGAGAACAGGAACCUGGAUAUCUGUGUGUCAGACCAUAAAGCUAGAGCAGUAGUGGUGGUCAAUCAGGCCGGAAAACUGAGAUUCAGGUACACUGGACAUACUCCUGCUCCAAAGAACCAACCAUUCAGUCCACAAGGAAUCACCACAGACAGUCAGAGUCACAUCCUUACAGCUGAUUAUAUCAAUGACUGUGUCCACAUCAUAGACCAGGAUGGACAGUUCCUCCGAUUCAUAACCUUUGGAAUUUCUGAGCCCUUGGGACUGUGUACAGACACAAAUGACAAUCUGUUUGUUGCUGAAUAUAGAAGGAAGCAAAUGAAGAAAAUCAAAUAUCUGAUGUGAAACUAAAAAGAAAGACAUUACAGCACAUGAAGAAUACUGUGUGCUUCUUUAUGGUUCAUCUAUAAUCACAAUCAUAAAAAGUUUUCAGAAAUUAUGAUAUCCUUAUUGUGUGUUUAAGUUCAUUCCUAAAAUGCUUGUAAGUCGGAAUAGACCCUAAAAGUUUAUUGUCACCUACAUUUUGUGGGUCAGGGGCCAGUUGGUUUUUUUUAUUUCUUAGGCUACUUUGAGACUUGAUGCUCUGUUCAGACUUUUUAACAUUCAUGCAUAAAAUAGCCAAGAAAUAAAUGUUAAGUUUUAAUUGUAUAUAGCAAAGAAAAAUAAAGGAUCAAUACUAUUUUAUGCAAAAUAUAAUCAAUCUUUACUGGUUUCUCAUUGUUUAUUUCAAUUUUUUUUGGUUUAUUUUAAAAGUACAGAAAGUCUAGUUUUGUUGCACAAUAGAGUAAACAUGGAAACAUUUGAGAAACAGUCAUCUGGACGGAAUACUGAAAAAAACUUUUUAAUUUAAGCCAACGAAAAUCAUUGGUCAUAUCACUCGAAUCAAAUAAAUAACAUGUGGUAACAUUCACCCUUUUAAAAAAUUACAAAUUCAGUAUCUCAAUAUUUUAUCAUUGCACAUAUAAACAGUUCAUUUUUUGAAUGUUAAUAUUUUGCAUGGAAUAAAAGUUCAAUUUUACAAUUCACAAAA